CAGUAUUUUUUAUAGAUUAUCUAAAAAGUCCUGUUACAAUUUUUUAUGUAGAGUAGCUAAAGUAGCUACAGUGAGUUGUUAAUUCAGAAUCUAAUAAACAAGCCUAUGAUUGUGAUUGCUGUGCCCCUUUUAAUUUCCACUGCCAUUUUUAGCUGCUUUUUUUUUCCUAUGUUAAAGGUGAGUUUUUAAGCUCAGUACUGUGUGCAAAAGAUGAGUGUAUUUAGAGAAGACAGGCUGAGUGAAUGAGGAGAAAUGGGGAAAAUAUUUUAUGUGAAAUGCUGUGAAAUGAGCCAGCUGGACAAGCUAAACACACAUACAACAAAACGGGUGUUGUGACAACUGCAGAUUUUUAAAAGUAUGGCAUCACAAUGGCUGUUUUAUAGAUUUUUCACAGGGGAAGAAAGUUAACUUGUAAACAGAGUCUUUUGGAGAGGAUUAAAAGCAGGUUUUGUUUUCUUUGGUGCUGCAUGCAGGUGUGUGGCUGCAGUGACUGUGUGUGGCUGGAGUUACUGUCCAUAGUCUCUCCUAGGAGUAUCGGAGUCAAAUUAAGACAUGGCUUGUUUUGUUCUUGGUUUUGGGGAAGCUGUGAUGGUGGUAAAACUGCCAGUAGGUCAUUGCAGUGUGAUUUCACAGGUUAGGAGGAAGAAAAACCGUUGUAGAUGUAGGUGUUGGAGCUGUACUGUGAGUAGGGCAGGGAGAGCGAGGAUUGAAGUAUGAAAAGAAAGAGACUGGAAGGGCAAUAAUAUGGUGGACAUACUGAUACAGCUUUACAAGGGAGGGAGGAGAUGCAGAAGUCUGGUGACCCCAUGUCCUCAGUAGUCUGGAGGCUGCAGACUGGCACCACACAUCAGAGAGAUUUCAUUAACUGAGGAAAACUAUGAACGAAUGAAAGCGCUGGUAACCAAACUCCAAGAGCAAGCAGAAAAAAUCAGAUUAGGAGGUGGAGAAAAAGCUCGUAAGCUUCACACAUCAAGAGGAAAGCUGUUACCUAGAGAGAGAAUUGACAGGCUUAUUGAUCCCGGGUCUCCGUUCUUGGAGUUCUCCCAGUUUGCAGGUUACCAGUUGUAUGGUAAUGAAGAGGUACCGGCAGGAGGCAUUAUCACAGGCAUUGGGCGAGUAUCUGGGGUGGAAUGCUUGAUUGUUGCUAAUGAUGCAACUGUCAAAGGUGGUACCUAUUAUCCCAUCACUGUUAAGAAACAUUUACGUGCUCAAGAAAUUGCAAUGCAAAACCAUCUCCCUUGCCUAUAUUUGGUUGAUUCAGGAGGAGCAAAUUUACCUCGGCAAGCAGAAGUAUUUCCAGAUCGAGAUCAUUUUGGCCGUAUUUUCUAUAAUCAAGCAGUCAUGUCCUCACAAGGAAUUCCACAGAUAGCAGUAGUAAUGGGAUCCUGCACGGCAGGAGGAGCAUAUGUACCUGCCAUGGCUGAUGAAAGUAUUAUUGUUGGCAAACAGGGAACAAUAUUCCUGGGAGGGCCACCGCUGGUUAAAGCAGCAACAGGUGAAGAGGUAUCAGCAGAGGAUCUUGGAGGGGCAGAUCUUCACUGCAGAAAAUCUGGUGUAACAGAUCAUUAUGCUUUGGAUGACAAUCAUGCACUUCAUCUAACAAGGAAAGCUGUGAGAAGUUUAAAUCUCCAGAAGAAAGUAGGAGUUACCAUAGAACCAUCAGAAGAACCUUUAUUUCCUGCUGAUGAAAUAUAUGGAAUAGUUGGCGACCAGCUAAAAAGAAACUUUGAUGUCAAAGAGGUCAUUGCUAGAAUUGUAGACGGAAGUAAAUUUAAUGAAUUCAAAGCCUUGUAUGGGGAUACUUUAAUUACAGGAUUUGCAAGAAUAUUUGGUUAUCCAGUAGGAAUUAUUGGAAACAAUGGAGUUCUCUUCUCAGAGUCAGCAAAAAAGGGUACACAUUUUAUCCAGUUGUGUUGCCAGAGAAAUAUUCCCAUUGUGUUUUUGCAGAAUAUUACAGGUUUCAUGGUUGGUAGAGAAUAUGAAGCUGGAGGGAUAGCAAAAGAUGGUGCGAAGAUGGUAACUGCUGUAGCUUGUGCCAAUGUACCUAAAAUAACAGUGAUUAUUGGUGGUUCUUAUGGAGCUGGAAACUAUGGGAUGUGUGGAAGAGCAUAUAGUCCAAGAUUUCUUUAUGUAUGGCCAAAUGCUCGCAUAUCAGUGAUGGGAGGGGAGCAAGCUGCCACUGUUCUAGCUACAAUAGCUAAGGACCAAAAAGCAAGGGAGGGAAAACAGUUAUCUGAGGCAGACGAAGCAGCUUUGAAGGAGCCAAUCAUUAGGAGGUUCGAGGAGGAAGGAAACCCUUAUUAUUCCAGUGCAAGAUUAUGGGAUGAUGGAAUUAUUGAUCCAGCUGACACAAGACUGGUUUUGGGCCUCAGUCUCAGUGCAGCAUUAAAUGCACCUACGAAGAAGACAGAAUUUGGGGUUUUCAGGAUGUAAACUUAAACGUACACUCAUCAGAAUUGCCUUGUAUAUUUUAAUUGGGGCUGGAGAGCAAACUAACUACAAUGUUGAGGUGAUUAAAAUAUAAAGUGUUGUACAAUGCUAUUUUUAAUGGAAAUGUCAUAAUUUGUUUUCACUGAGUAAUCAUCACACAGUGCUUCAGAGUUUUGAUUGUGAUUUGAGAUCAGUCACAGUGCUUGUAUAACUGCACUGCAUGAAUAAACUGCAACUUCUAGUGUUAUGUUUAAUGUUUGACAAGACACCAUUGAUACCAUCUCUUAUAUAAAUAAAUCUGCAAAAUAAGCUACA